AUGGAUGGCACUGUCGAAGAGAAGAACAAGACGAUUGCUCGCCUGAUGGAGGAGAAUGCUAUGCUCCGUGAGCGUGUCUCACAGUUUGAGACGAUGCACGCCAUCAGCGUGGCCCGUGUUCCCCCCCACACGGUGUUGUCAGCGCUUGAGGAGGAGCGUGAAUACUUGGAGCAGUCGCUGCAGCCGGUGCGUUUUAAGCGCAGUGCAGAUGUGCCGUAUGUCGAGCUGCCUACCUACCCCAUGCGUCCGCACUUUGAGAAGGCGGCGGAGCACCCCAGCACUCAGGUUGUCGUAUUUGACGGCUGCCCCAAUGACCCCUACCACCCGUCCUCCACACCCAUCUACCAAACUGCAACGUUUGUACAGCCGGAUAUUUGUGAGUUUGGCCCGUACGACUACUCACGCAGCGGCAACCCCACCCGCACCGCCUUGGAGACACUGAUGGCAAAGUUGGAAGGUGCCCACUCCGCAUUUGCCUUUGCGUCUGGAAUGGCGGCACUACAAACGGUAAUCGCCACACUGGAGGCUGGAAGCGUUGUGCUGGCGAGCUCGGACCUGUAUGGUGGCAUGUACCGGCUUCUGACGCAAGUAACGUCGCGGAUGGGUAUUGAAGUGGUGUUUGUUGAGACGUGGAAUCUGGAGGCGGUAAAGGAAAAGAUGACGGAGCGGGUGAAGCUGUUGCACCUUGAGUGUCCGACGAACCCGCUCGUGCGGAUUGUGGACAUCAAAGCCCUCUGCGAGAUGGCCCACAGCUGUGGGGUGAUGGUCUCCAUUGACAACACCAUGAUGAGUCCUGUGCGGUGUACCCCAAUCUCCCUGGGGUGCGACUAUGUCAUCCAUAGCGCCACCAAGUUCCUUUGUGGACACAGCGACACGAUGUGCGGGAUCGUCUGUGUGAAGAACGCGCAGCUUGCGAAGCGUGUUGCAUUUCUGCAAAACGCCCAGGGAAAUUCCCUGAGUCCGUUUGACUCGUGGCUGCUGCUCCGCGGCUUGAAGACGUUGGCCAUACGUGUGGAAAAACAGGAAUUGAACGCCGUCGCGGUGGCACUCUUCUUAAGUCAACAGACGCAUGUGGUAAAGCGGCUGCAUUACGCGGGUAUCAACCCAACGCUCUGUCCGGAGGUUUCCAGUCUCACAAAGAGGGAGUUUGAGAUCCACCGCUCGCAGACAACAGGACCUGGGUCUGUAAUCUCGUUGGAGACGGGGGAUCUGGAGCGCUCGUACCGCUUUGUGCGUGCACUGAAGCUGUUCAAGCUGACCGUGAGCUUUGGAAGCUGCAACUCCGUCGUUGAGCUUCCCUGUCUGUUGUCGCAUGCAUCUAUACCGUUGGAGGAGCAAACACUCCCGCGUGACAUCAUUCGUCUUUCCAUCGGCAUUGAGCAAAUUGAGGAUAUACUUGGUGACCUUGGCCGAGCGAUCGAUGCGGUGGCUCACGACACCUCGCCUGCCGUCAAUGAUACUCGUGGCACUUGCUAA